AAGUGUUCAGGCGCUCGACGACAGGCUAAAGAGAGGGAUAGCGAUAAAACAGUAUUUUAAAAGAAAACCAGAAGCAGGUAUCCUUAAUUAGAAUGAAGGUGGUGACGUGUGAGAUUGUAUGGCACAACAAGGAGCCGGUCUACAGCCUGGACUUCCAGUGCAACUCCGAUGGUCGCAUCCAUCGGCUCGCAACAGCUGGGGUGGACACCGCUGUCAGACUGUGGCGGGUAGAAAUGGGCCCAGAUGGAAAAGCAGUUGUGGAGUUGCUCUCUAACCUUGCCAGACACACAAAGGCCGUCAACGUCGUACGCUUCUGUCCUAAAGGCGAGCUGCUUGCCUCAGGAGGAGAUGAUGCUGCCAUCCUUCUGUGGAAAUUGAAUGACAGUAAAGAACCAGAGCAGGCCCCGGUAUUCCAGGAGGAGGAAGAUGCUCAGCUCAACAAGGAGAGCUGGACUGUCGUCAAGACACUAAGGGGACACAUCGAGGAUGUUUAUGACAUCUGCUGGACUCCCGAUGGAAAUUUCAUGGUAUCUGGUUCUGUGGACAACACAGCUAUCAUGUGGGAUGUCACCAAAGGCCAGAAACUGUGCAUCCUCAAUGAUCAUAAGAGCUAUGUGCAGGGGGUGACCUGGGAUCCUCUGGGACAAUAUGUUGUCACUCUCAGCUGUGACAGAGUGAUGCGUGUGUACAGCACACACACCAAGAAGAAGACCUACAGCGUCAGUAAGAUGUGCUCAGGAUCACCAGGAGAGGGAGAGGUCAAACAUUACAGAAUGUUCCAUGAUGACAGUAUGAGGUCGUUCUUUAGGCGCCUUUCCUUCACACCAGAUGGAUCAUUCUUGCUCACCCCAGCUGGGUGUGUGGAGGCAGGAGAAAACAUCACAAAUACCACCUAUAUCUUCUCCAGGAAGAGCCUCAAAAGGCCUAUAGCCCACUUGCCCUGUCCAGCUAAAGCUACCUUGGCUGUGCGCUGCUGCCCUGUCUACUUUGAAUUGAGGACCAAAAAGGGAGAAGAUGGCUCUAUCCAGGCUCUGCCCAACAUAUUCCAGCUACCAUAUCGCAUGGUGUUUGCAGUGGCAUCUGAGGACUCAAUCUUUUUAUAUGACACACAGCAGACUCUUCCCUUUGGCUUGGUGUCCAACAUCCAUUACCACACGCUCAGUGACAUCACCUGGUCUCGGGAUGGUUCCUUCCUGGCAGUGUCCUCCACGGACGGCUACUGCUCCUUCCUGUCCUUCUCCCCUGGAGAGCUGGGCACACCUCUCAAGGAGCCCCCUGCCUUGGAAGUCUUGACUGCGGCCAGCGUCUCCGAUAAAAAGGGCAAGAAGUCUGGACAGGCCAGGACAGUCUCUCCAGUACCCCAGCCUCCAGCCACUGCCCCGAGCCCAACAUCCCAAACCAGUCUUGGCAAGGAUGCCCCUUCCACACCCCUGUCUUCUCGUGGCUCCCCUGAAAAGAAGGCCCCCACAAGUGGCAAGACUAAACCUCAGCCCCGAAGGAUCACCCUCAACACCCUUGAGGGCUGGGGGAAACCCUCCACUCCUAAAGCAACAGCUUCUGCACCUCACACCCAAGCCUCUGGAGGCACCAAUGCUCCCGCUACCCCCCAGCCACACCUCACCGCGCUCACUCCUACCAGCUCCUCCACAGCCCAGCAGCAACCCGCCUCCCUCACACCGUCAACCCCAAAAAUCCAUAACAACGCCAAUACCCCUGGACCCAGCGAUCCUAAAGAUGCCAGUGACUCCAAGGGCCUCAAACCAAGACGAAUAUCUUUGACUCCUGUCGCGUCCAGAGCUCCAGCUGCCGCGUCACUCUUCAGAACACCCUCCUCCACUGAAAAGGCCAAACACGAGCGCCCAUCUCCACCCUCUGAUCCGGUGUGCCUGCCUCCUGAGUCCAAACGCCCCAAGACCAACAACAUUUAAAAACCGCAAGAUGCUUUGGCUUAA